UCUUGAGUGCGGGCACGGGGAAGCCGCCACGAGCCCCUUCCGGCGCCGCCAUCUUCCCGGAGCUGCCUCCGCACUUCCGGCGCGCGCCGCGGCCGCGCUUCCCUUUUCCGGUCGGCCAUCUUCGCAGGCGGGAGGCCGCAGCCGCCAUGGCGCCCAGCCGCAAUGGCAUGAUCCUGAAGCCGCACUUCCACAAGGACUGGCAGCGGCGGGUGGCCACCUGGUUCAACCAGCCCGCCCGCAAGAUCCGCAGGAGGAAGGCUCGCCAGGCAAAGGCUCGCCGCAUCGCGCCUCGGCCCGUGGCUGGGCCCGUCCGGCCCAUCGUGAGGUGCCCGACCGUCAGGUACCACAAAAAAGUCCGUGCUGGCAGAGGCUUCAGCCUAGAGGAGCUGAAACUGGCCGGCAUUAACAAAAGGUUUGCCCGGACCAUCGGAAUCUCCGUGGAUCCCAGGCGGCGGAACAAGUCCACGGAGUCGCUGCAGGCCAACGUGCAGAGGCUGAAGGAGUACCGCUCCAAGCUCAUCCUCUUCCCGAGGAAGCCCUCGGCGCCUAAGAAGGGAGACAGCUCCGCUGAGGAACUCAAGAUGGCGACUCAGCUGUCUGGACCAGUUAUGCCAAUUAGGAACGUUUUCAAACGGGAGAAGGCCCGCGUUAUCUCCGAAGAGGAGAAGAACUUCAAGGCCUUCGCCAGCCUGCGCAUGGCCCGGGCCAACGCCCGUCUCUUCGGGAUUCGGGCAAAACGCGCCAAAGAAGCGGCGGAGCAGGAUGUGGAGAAGAAGAAAUGAACUGUUCUCACCGGAACUGCCAAUAAAAAAAUGUAGAAACGGA